GUUGGCAUCGAGCUGCAAAUUAAAUUAGAUUUGUGAUUGAAUUUUGAUAUUAUUUUGUUAAUAUUUAUGAACAUGAAAGGUUUAAUUUGGAUUUUUGCAUUAUUAUUCAUUUCACAAGUUGGAUGUAGUUAUGAUGAGGGCGAAAAUGUUGAUUCCCAAGAAGAAGACUAUUCAUCUCCACAAUCUACUGUAGAUGAACACAAUGUUCAGGUUACAGAAAAUCGUUUGGCUGCUCAACUUUUUGCUGUGUUGGAGCAUUAUAAACAACCAGACCCAGUUGGUUUACCUAAUGUUCCGAUUCCUGAUCCCAUGAAGGUACCUGAUAUGGUGAAGAGUUUAGGAAUGGCAACACUUAGAAUGAAGAACGUACAAGCACAUGGUCUUUCUCAAUUCAGAAUCAAAUAUUUAAAUGCUGACCUUAAGGAAAUGAAGGUCGAUGCUGGAAUUCAGUUGGAUACUAUGACUGUUAAGGGAUCAUAUACAUUAAGCUCAGUUUUUUCCUCAGCCCAAGGUCCAUUUACAGUAGUUUUGAAGAAUGUCAUGGCAAAGGCAGUUGCCACACUUGAAGUGCAAAAUGAUGGACAUCUAACAACCGAACAAAUAAACAUGGACCUAACAUUCUCAGAUAUGACAAUGGAUUUCCAAAACUUGGGAUUUUUGGGUGCCGUCUUUCAAAGCGUUAUAAACUCAGCUCCUAAUUUGGUGUUUGAUGCUUUGAAGCCUCUUAUGCUGAAAGAAGCCGACACUCAACUUCGUGAAGAAAUAAAUAAUAACAUCAAGAAUUUAAUGGGUGACCGGAAGCUUCCCAACUCAAUUUCUCCAUUAGAUAUGGCAAUUGCUGAGGGUCGAAAAAAAGUAAGGGCUAUGGGCUACGAUCCUUACCACGUCCAAGACUAUAACCGAACGGUUGGAAUCUUUUCGAUGCAAAUGGUCAACACUUGGAUAACUGGUGUAUCAUCUUUCUACCGAAUCGGUGAAAUGAUAGUUGCAAUGGAGAAUAAUACAGUUUCACUAUGUUUCCAAGUAGGAACUCAAAAGAUAAGUGGUGCAACUCAAUGGGAAGUAGGAUUCGGAAUAGGAUUUGUAUCGCGAAUUGGUCACGCACAGUUUAUUGUUCAACACAUUAAAGCAACAGUAAAUGUCAGUCAAGCUUUGGAUACUCGGCAAAAACCACAAAUAAACGAUCUUCAGAUAGAUCUUGGAAAUAUUCAAGUCCAUUGUGAUGGAGCUGGAACUGUCGACUACGUAAUGGAGUUCUUAGUAAAUGUAUUACCAAAUAUGUUGCGAUAUCAAAUAAUGGAUGCCAUCGAGAAUCCUAUAAAAACGCGUAUUCAAGAGAAGUUCAACCAAAUUGAUGUAGAACGAGCUAUAAAAGAUAAUUUUCAUAAAUUCCAAAAAUCUGGAAAUGAUUUUUCUUUUGAUUUUAAACUGUAGUUUAAGUUUUUUUUAUAAAAUGUAUAUACAUAUUACCAACAUUUAGGUAACUAUUCAAAAAUGUAAUUUGUGAUUGAAUAAACUAAAUUUUUUGCGUUUAAUAUAUA